CGUCUACACCAGUCUUGGGUAGGAAAUGCUCCUGAUAGUGUGGCACCAUGGCCAGUGAGAGUGUCAAAGAGCACUCUGAAAUCCAGGUGGCCUCGUUGGUCAGUGAAGAGCCAGCGAGCAAGCCCCUAUCUCAUCCUUCACCUGAUCCCAAGGUGGAUUCGGGACAGGGUUUGGAUGGGUAUGAUGACCAAGCCCUGAGCCAAGAUCCCGGCUCCCAAGAGAAAGAACCGAGCCAGUCACCAGAAGAACCGAGCCGGCCGGAGACCAGCGAGGAAGGCACUGAGAACCUUCUCGGGCUCUCCUUCCCCAGAAAGCUUUGGGCAAUAGUGGAGGAUGACACCUUCAAGUCUGUGUGCUGGGGUGGCGAAGGAGACAUCGUGGUCAUCGAGGCUGACCUUUUCCAGAGAGAGGUCCUUGGCCGGAGGGGUGCAGAGAGGAUUUUUGAAUCUGACAGUCUGAAGAAUUUCAUUCGCCAGCUGAACCUCUAUGGAUUCAGCAAGAUCCGCCCAAAAGAUGCAUCAGCUUACUCUCAGGGGAAGAAGAGAAUGAUGAUCUACCGCAACUCCAAUUUCCAGAAAGACAAGCCAGGGCUCCUGGAAAACAUCCGUAAAAAAGGAGAAGCAAGAAGCUCUGCUCAGCGUGGGACCUGCAUACCAACGCCACUGAAGAACCCGGCUGCUGGGCGAGAGAGUGGCGCAUCAUCUGCCAAGAAAAAGAAGCUGGUCUGUACCAGAUGCUCCCCAAGCUUCCACCAUGAGGUCAAGGCAGAGCACGAGCUGCCCCAGAGGGAAGCCCUGGACCACCAGGCGCUCAGAGGCACACAGCCCUUCAUGCCCUCUGGGCUGUGGGCGAUGAGCAGUGUCUCUGAACAACCCCUGGAAAACCAGCUCCCGCAGGAGCCAAGCAGCCCUGAUGGGGAGGGCACCUCUGAAGACGGCACACCUUCCUCCCAAGCUACUGCUGGAAUGGAAGGCGAGGGGGAAGUGCCCAGAAGCCCCCAGGGUUACCCUGAUUGUUGCUCAAUCAUGUCUUUGUACAACACUUGUUAUUCCAUCCUGCUGGCCGCCCUCUCAGCCAUGUCCCCGAGGGAGCCCCCAGAGGAUGGUGAAGGUGAAGGUGAAGGCCAAGGUGAGGGUGAGGAGGAGGUGCAGGAGGGCUCCUCAGAUUACAAAUGUGUAUUCUGUGAGCAGUUCAAGGACAACACAGGUCCUUGAACUCAGCCCACGCACCAAUGAUAAAAGUCAACAUUUUCUAAUGUUGAACUCACUUUUGGUCUUG